AUGGCCAGUACGUUACCGUCGUACUUCAAAAAUCUGUCCCUGCUGAGUGCUCAAGCCAAAAGAGCCACAGCCAGCGCCAGUGCCCAGAACACCAGUACCAGCAGUCAAGCACCUGGAAUUGACGUCCAGCAGCUGCUGACAAUGCACACCGCAACUCAGCAACAAACACAGCAGUUGCUGUCAGCCAUUGGGAAGCACACCAGCACGGUUGGCCAGCUGGCGGCCAACUCGGCACAGCCUGCACAGAGUGCUCAUGGAUCUGUGAAAUUGCCCGUGCUCACAAUCAGGAAGUUUGAUGGUGACAUACUUCAUUUCACUGAGUUCAUUGACAUGUUUCAAUCUGCGAUCGGUACAAAUCAAAGCCUGUCUGCCGUACAGAAACUGUCGUAUUUGAGAAGUCAUUUGACAGGCAUGGCCCUGGAUGUUAUUGCCGGUAUUCCCACCACCGAUUCAAAUUACCCCGUGGCGUUAGGAUUAUUGAAGGAUCGCUUUGGCAAGAAGGAUGCCAUCAUCGCAGCCCGAUACCGCGCAAUUACCGAAAUGCCAGCGCCAUCAAAUAAACCUCACAUGUUGCGGAGAUUUUACAACGAGGUGGAGGCUAAUUUGCGCUGUUUGCAAGCGGAAGGUCAAAGUGUGCAACAGGAACUGCUGAUUCCUGUCAUCACUUCCAAGUUACCAAAGUGCGUCAUCGUACAACUUGAGACACAGAAACCCCACAAUCAGAGUUGGACUGUUGAUGAGCUGCGGAAACAGCUGGGAAUCUACCUGGAGGUCCGUGAAUCGGCCGAGCGACUGGCAGGAGACACAGCCAGCAAACCAGAGAGCACUCUGCCACGACCACCGCCUGUUUCCGCACAGCCUCAUGCUGCCUACUCCCAACCUCCGGCCACGGCAGCCACGUUAGUUAGCUCUGUGCGGCGCGCCACUCCGAGAUGCUUCUUCUGCAAGUUGCAACACUUCUCGGACACCUGCCCAACGUUCAACACGGUUUCUACCAGACAGCAGCAGCUACAAGACCACUGCUUUGUAUGCUUACGGAAGGGACAUUGGGCAAAGGACUGUACUGCUAGAAGACCCUGCUAUCACUGCAAUCUGUUGACCCAUCACCGUGCCCUGUGCCCUCAGAAAUUUGGCUCAUCACCAGUGUCAGCUGCCGCAAGUACCUUCUAUCCUACUCAGCAGCAGCAAGGGCCACAGAAACAUACUACCGCUACGGUGCACGUCCAGUCCAAAGGUGUGAAUCUCCCAACCGCCAUCGCAACUGUCGCCGGGCAAGGCAACAUCUCAGACUGCCGACUGUUGUUUGACACCGGCUCAACUCGCACAUUUAUUCAUGAAUCGUUAGCUGCCUCUGUCAACGCAGCUGUUGUCGGUGAAGACGUGUUGUCCAUCGCUAGUUUUGGAUCUGCGUCCCGGCGAACGGUCACCCUGCCGAGAGUGGAGUUUUCCCUCCUAUGUCGAGAUGGAUCAGCCUUGCCCGUAACCGCCAAUGUUAUGCCGUGGAUUUGUUGUCCUGUUGUCAAAUCCCCAAUCGACAUCGACCAGUACCCUGAAGUCAAGAACAUCCAACUAGCUGACACCAUUGUCACCAAGCGUGAGGAGGUAGAAAUUGACCUCCUUAUCGGCACGGAUUUCUACUUCUCCAUCAUGGGUAACGGUCACAUCCAACUCAACAAUGGCCUGGUCUUGCUGAACUCCAAAUUGGGAUUUGUCCCAGCAGGCCCUACUGACACAGAGACAGAUGACACUGCGGGCCACAUAAUGCUCACAGAUGCUACCACCUUGCCAGACCCAGUAUUUGAUCUCCAACGUUUCUGGCGACUUGAAGAUAUUGGUAUCACCGAUGACAUCAGUGAUCCGCAGACAGCGGACGACAUUGCCCUGGAACACUUUCGCAGCUCCUUGCAACUGAUCAACGGCCGAUAUAUGGUAUCUUGGCCAUGGAAAGAUAGCCAUACUCCACAACCUAAUCUACCAGAGAACUACGAGCUCGCCUUCGGCCGUCUCAAAUCCUUAGUCAAACGACUCCAGCAGACACCACAAGUGCUAGAGAAGUAUCAUUGUACCAUCACAGAGCAGUUAGCCAAUGGCAUUAUCGAGGAAGUGAACCUUGAUCACCAGGAUGGGCCGAUUCACUACAUCCCCCACCACUGUGUUGUUCGCCCCAGCAGUACCACAACAAAGGUUCGUGUGGUAUAUGAUGCUUCCGCCAGAACUCGCGCAGAACACAACAGCCUGAACGACUGCCUGCACCGAGGUCCGAUACUUCUGCCGGAUCUGUGUGGUAUCCUGGUGAGAUUUCGGCUACACCCCAUUGGCAUUGUCAGCGAUGUUGAGAAGGCCUUCCUUCAGCUAGGUCUAUCUAUGACAGAUCGCAAUGUAACACGGUUCCUAUGGCUUCGCGAUCCUACAAAGCCCGUCACCACAGCCAACCUAGUGAUCUACCGCUUUUGCCGAGUUCCAUUUGGCAUUGUCGCUAGCCCGUUUCUUCUCGCCGCCACAGUCGACCACCAUCUCCAACAGCAACAGACAGGGACAUGCGAUGAUGUACGUCGCAGUAUCUAUGUUGACAACGUUGUCACCGGGCAGAGCAGCGUCCAGGAUGCUACUGCAUACUACAGAGAGGCAAAGGACGCCUUUGCCAGUGCCACCAUGAACUUGCGUGAAUGGGGUACCAACGAUCCUGACUUCAGAGAUGCUCUAGCUCCUGAAGACAAGUCUAGCUGUGAUGUAAUGAAGGUACUGGGUAUGUCAUGGGAUACCAAUCGCGAUACUCUGUCGACGGCAAAGUCAACCACAAACCAGUACUCCGUCAUUACCAAAAGAGAUGUCCUCCGCAGCAUAGCCCAAUUCUAUGAUCCGAUGGGCCUGUUCUCCCCGGUCAUCAUGCGUGCGAAGAUCCUAGUACAGAGUAUAUGGAAGCUACAUGUAGACUGGGACUCUCCGCUGCCUGACGCUCUCGUUCAUGAAUGGAAGGAUAUCCUGUCCGAUCUGUCCUGCGCAAGUGACGUUGCCAUUCCUCGCUUCAUUGGACCAAAAAUCCACGUCGACAAGGUCACCUAUGAACUCCACGUCUUCUGUGAUGCGUCUCAAGAUGGUUACGGUGCAGCCGCGUACCUGUGUGUGAGACAAGUUGACGAUGCCUAUUCGUCAGUUGACCUGAUCUACAGCCGAACACGAGUCUCGCCCAUCAAGGCUACAAGUAUACCACGUCUAGAGCUCCUAGCAGCACUCAUCGGCGCCAGGAUCAUCAAAUUUCUGAAGAAAGAGCUUCUGGGCACAGUUCACAUCUCAGCUACCCACCUGUGGUCUGACUCACAGUGCGUGCUUGGCUGGAUUAAGAAUACUGAGAAAUCGUACCCUGUCUUCAUCGCCAAUCGGUUGAAGGAAAUCCGUGCAGACCAGAGUGUGUGCUUCAACUACAUCCGUACAGCCGACAACCCAGCCGACCUACCAUCCCGUGGAGCAUCGCUAGCCACACUGACAGACAGUACAGCUUGGUGGUGUGGUCCAGAAUGGCUUCGAGAUCCUCCUGUACACUGGCCCAAAGACGUCAUCGAUGCUCCUUCCACAGUACUAUUCGCGGCGGAGGGUCCUGCGGAAACCGAGACCAGCAGCAAGCCAUCACCGCUGAGUAUAGAUGAGAGCAAGUAUACUUCGUUUGAGAAGCUAGCCCGUGUAACAGCAUACGGUAUCAAGUUUGUCAAGAGAUGCCGUCAACAGACCACAUGCGGCACUCAUUUGUCUGCUGCUGAAAUCGACAGCGCCAAACAUCUGUGGAUUCAACAUGUUCAAGCAACACACUAUACACCGGAGAUUGAGGCUAUCAAAAGCAACGCCAAGAACAAGCUGGUCCAAAACCUUGCGCUCUUUCUAGAUGAACAUAACCUCAUCCGCUGCAAGGGUCGAUUGGAGAAUUCAUCCCUACCAUACUCAGCGAAGUAUCCCAUCCUUCUACCUCGUUCACAUCCAGUAACCACAGCUAUCAUCAAUGACUGUCACCGCAUGGUGCUGCACAGUGGAACUAACCAUACCCUAUCGCGAGUCAGGUAUGACUAUUGGGUCCCCAGAGGACGACAAACCGUCAAGACUGUACUCAAGAAAUGUGUUGUAUGCAAGAGGUUCAAUGGUCGGCCGUACUCGCUACCGAAAAUGGCACCCUACCCUCCAGAGCGCGUAGCUGAGUCUAAACCGUUCACACACGUCGGCGUCGACUACUUUGGCCCAAUGACAGUCAGAGAACAUGGACUCACCCACAAGGUAUGGGUGUGCCUAUUUACGUGCAUGGUCACACGUGCCAUCCACCUCGAGCUUGUUGCUGACAUGACCACAGAACAGUUCCUGAUGGCAUUGCGCAGAUUUGUGGCAAGAAGAGGAGUACCGCGCAAGAUCUUCUCUGACAACGCUCAGCAAUUCCUGCUUUCGAAAUCGACUCUACAGCUUGCUUGGGAAGCCAUUGUGAAGGAUGACCACACUCUUAAUUAUGCUGCUUCCCAUGGAAUCGAAUGGAUUUGCAUUGUGCAACUCUCCCCAUGGAUGGGCGGGUUCUAUGAACGGUUGAUUGGAAUCGUGAAGAAAGCCCUCCGUAAGUCUAUUGGCAGACUAGUUCUCGGAACAACGGAGCUGUCAACCAUUCUCAUCGAAGUUGAAGCAGUAGUAAAUUCACGACCGCUGGUGUACGUAAGCGAUGAGAUCUAUACGGUCUUGACACCUGCCCACUUCUUAUCAUUAUCAGCCGAAAUCAGUCUACCCCAAGGGCAUGUAGAAGGGGACCCUGAUUUCGCCCCAACAAUGUCGUCAGCGGAACUGCUACUUUCUACGUGGAAGAAAGGUCAGAAGCGAUUGAAUGAGUUUUGGAACUGUUGGAGAUCUGAAUACCUAACCAGUCUACGAGAACGGCAACAAUCGCAGUUGAAACAGGUUGCUCAUUCUACCGUGAAGCCAAGGAUUGGACAUGUGUGCCUCAUCAAGGAUGACGCGCCCAGAGGUAUGUGGAAACUGGGUAUCAUCAGCGAACUUCACGCUAGUCGUGAUGGAGAAACGCGUUCCGCCACGGUGAGGACGCCCAAUAACAAGCUCCUACGGCGCUCACUACAGCACCUAUAUCCGUUGGAGUGUGAGUCUGCUCGACCUGCUGACCACUCGUCGAAUGAACCACAGCCUCCCGCUGUAACCAACGACGCACACGUCCCUGCAACAGCUUCUCGACCGGUAAGACGAGCUGCUAUCGAAGGCUUAGGACGUGUCCUGGAUUUGCACGAGGCAGACUUGGUUUAG